AUGGCACCUCGCCCCACGCGCCGCCGCCGCGACAUGGCCCAAGAGACGCCGUUCCAUCUUGCGUACGACAGCUCGAAGCGAUGCUGGGCAGGAAUCCUGUUCUGCGAGUGCAAGGUGCAUCCCGGCUCGAGCGGCUACUGCAUGGUGAUCGUCUACAUGGUCGCCUGCUUCAUGCUGCCCGCCAUCGCCAUCGGCGCCUUCGUCGGUUAUAUGGGCUACAAGCGCGGGAAGGCCGGCAAGAAGAUGAUCGGCGGC